AUGCAAGCGUAUGGAGAAAAUAAGUUUCUUGUACUUAUUGGCGACAACGCCAGAAACAAACAAAAGGCAUUUCAAUUAAUAAAACUCAAAUAUCCACAUGUUGUUCCUCUCGGUUGCUGUGCACAUGUCCUUAACUUGUUAUGCCAAGAUAUCAUAAAGGUACAAGAGAUUACUUUAUUUAUAAUGCAAGUCAUAACUAUAAUAAAAUAUUUUAAAAAGAGCCAACGAUUGACUUCACUUUUGAGAAAAUUCAGUCAGGGCCAAGAUUCUACACAAACACUAAAAUUGCCUUGUGUUACUAGAUGGGGAAGUCAUAUUACUUCAUUAAAAAGUUUAAAAGCAAAUAGGUCAGCUUUGCAAAUAUUGGCAGUUCGAGGAGACUUGGAAAUUGCAAGAGAUAUUAAAGAUUUAAUUCUAAGUGAUGAUUUUUGGACGAAGACAGGUGAAUGUAUAAGUAUUUUGGAACCAGUCACUGAAAGCAUAUUUUACUUAGAGAGCGACCAGAAUCGUAUACAUCGCACAUACAUUACAUUUAAAGAUAUACAAGUUAAGAUACGUUUUACUUUAACUGAUAUUUCAACAUUGAGCGAAGAAAGCAAACAGCAAAUUCUAACAUCAGUCUCUUCAAGAUGCAAUAUGGCAAUUAGACCAAUACAUUUGGCAGCAUAUAUGCUAGACCCUACAACUCAGGGAUUAGAACUUACUCAAGAGGAAGAACCGCAGGGUAUGGAGUUUAUCUACAAUUUAAGUCAACACUUGAGUUUGUUUAAUUUAAUGGCAGAUUUGGCGUGUUACAAAGCUAAAGAAAACUUUUGGGCCAGACGAUUUCUAUGGAGCUCAUUAGAUAGUACUGAGCCCAUAAUAUGGUGGAAAGGUAUUUGUGGUUCCACCGAGCUUAGCAAAGUAGCGAUUCGUAUUCUAUCAGCUCCGUGUACUUCUGCAGCCACCGAGCGUUCCUUUAGUAUCCAAGGCUACAUACAUAAUAACAAAAGAAAUCGACUUACAACUGAAAGAUCUGAAAAAAUUUCAUUCAUUUGUUAUAACUGGAAUCUUAAACAUAAACAUGAACAUGAGAACAUUCAGUUUCAUGAAGAAAAUGAAGAAGAAAAUGUCAUAGAAGCUUUCAUCGAUGAAGUAAAUGACUAUAAUAGUUCAGACGAGAUGGAACCUAUCCAAUUUGUCGCCUGUGACAGUGUUGAAUCGGAUAGUGAUUGA